AUGGAGAUCAUCGAGAAUGAACCUCUCCAAGUCUCCAUGCCCCUUCCUCGGUCUCUCGACACGCGCAUCUACAUCCACCUCACCAUCAGAACCAAAUCCAUCACGCUCUUCCUGACAACCGGAAGCGAAGACGAGCCGACCAUGCCACCAACCAUGGGCUCAUUCAUAUACGCCGUACCGGACCGCUUCAACCCUGCCCAGCCCAUCUCCACCACUCUGUACUCUCAUGAGCCGACGCUCGAGUUCACCACGCGCAUAGCCAAGCUCCUCGCCCGGCGCUCUGGUAUGCCUGUCUACGUCGGAAACAGUGCCUCCUUCGCCAACUGCCCCGAGGGCGGCACCGUCGAGGAGGAAAUGGACGUCUUCCAACGGGUGGUCGGCGUAGUCAGCGACAGGCUAAAGCAUGUCAAGAGAGACCUGCCCCUGAUUAACGGGGCGUAA